GCAUUUUACGUCACUUCCGCUUUCACAUCCGGGCAUCCUCGGCAAUAUGGUCGCCGACAAGAUAUUUUUUUACAAUCGGUGAAUUCGGGCUGUGAUGGAGAACACAAACAAUACAUCGGAGGAAUCUGUUCACCCUGAGAGGGGAACAGAACAGGCUGUCAGCGAAGACAUAGCAGAGGGUGAAGACAUGCCGGUAGUGACCAUAGACCCUAAUGGGGGUACAGAGCUAGGGGUCAAUGAAGAUAAUGUCGAAGACUGGGAAACAGAGGAUGAAACAGAUGAUGAAGAUGGAGAGGAAGAUGAUGAUGAUGAGGAAGGAGAUAGUUCAGACGAAGACUCUGGUGAAGAGACAGAGGACUACGAGUUUGAGGAAGAUGAGGAGGAAGAUGGGGACACAGAGACCUGUCCCAUUUGUCUGGACAGGCUGAGGGACCAGGAUGUAGGCACCCCCGAGUCCUGUGACCAUGUCUUCUGUCUGGAUUGUAUACAAGAGUGGGCCAAGAAUGUAAACACAUGCCCAGUAGACAGACAAGUGUUUCACUUGAUUUUUGCCAGGCAUGCAGGCAAAGAUGCAAUAUUUAAAAAGAUAACCGUUGAAGACAAGGAGCAGGAUGAUCCAGAUGUGGAGGAGGAUCCGAUAUUCUGUGAGGCCUGUGGGAGGAGUGAUAGAGAAGACAGGCUGUUACUAUGUGAUGGCUGUGACUUAGGUUACCACUGUGAGUGCUUGAAUCCACCCCUGGCUGAAGUACCAGCAGAAGAAUGGUACUGUCCCGAUUGUGAGGCAUUGCAAGACAGAGAGAGGGAAGGAGAAGCAGCAGUGACGGUCAGUGAUGACGAGGAGAUCUACCAUAUCAUACAGGAGGCUGGCGUUCUGCCUCACUCCCUCAGACCCAGGGUCCACCGACGACAGGUGGCCAGGACACGCAUGAGUGAUCGAAUCUACCGACAGAUUCAGGAAAUAAGACGCAGUCGAUUCAACCGCAGAAUGAUCAUAUUGUCAGACUCAGAAAGCUCUGACCAGUCUGAGCAUGAUUUAUCAGAUGAGGACUUUGAUAUCGAUGAUGAUGCGCCAUCUACCAGCACAGCCUCUGCUGCUACUAGAAAAAAACCAACUACUCGACGGAAGAGGAAAACCCGAAGCCGCAAAACCAAGGUGAAGAGAAAAUCUACCCAAAAAAGAAAAGGUGCAACUGGAAAAUCCAAAAAAGGAAAGCAGUUAGCUGGCAAAAAAACCAAGGGAAAGAAAACAAAACGGAAAACACGCAGGAAAAAGAAAUCAACAAGUAAAAGAAAAGGAUUCAGAAGAAAGAGGGUGGUGAGAAGAAGAGCUGUAGCUGACACGCCAGUCACCACAGUGAAGUCCAGGAUAGCCAAGAGUCUGGGACUCUCCAAACCCCCCACAGGGAGAUCAAUACCCCUGCAGAAAUGCCCCAGAGACAGGACAGAAGAGUUUGGCCCUGCCCCACUCAGUAUUAUGGGAACUCCAAAUGAUCUCUUUUAUUUCCAAGAUGAAGCUGAAAAUCAGCCAUGUACCUCAGGAUACUCGUCACACUCGGGGAAGAAACGAAAGAUGUCCUCAAAUCUGCAGUUUUCAGUCGAUGAAAUAAUGAAGAGGACCCCUGUAGUGAGGAUCGCAGCGGACUCUUCCUUGAGGUUCCGCCCUCAGGAAGAGAACGCCUCUGUGACCUCGGCCGGUGGGAGCACGCCUUGUGAUCUGUUAGGGAGUAUUUUUCAGGGGCAACAAAUGCUUCACAUGAAUACCAACAAAAUCAAAAUUCACAGAGAUGGUUCUCUGACUGCAGUGAAAGCAGAGACUGACCCAAAGGAAGGGGGAUCCAAGUCAACUGACUCAAAAGACGGGAAAACCCAACCAGGGGAAGGAACUUCAGCUGAAGGAGGAGCCUCCAGUAAAGAACAAGGGGACAGUGAAGUGGGGACCGGAAGUAAAUUCCUGCGUCUUCCAAUAUUUGCUGGGUCGUCAAGCGUUGAACUGGAUGACAAAGUGGAAUUACCUGAAGAUCCUCCAGAGGUUCCCUUCCAGGAGGAUGAUGGGCUCGGAGAUUCACUUUGGACAAUUCAGAAACGUCAGGGGCAGAUCGAGUUAGAUGAAUCUAACCCUGAUGGUGGUAGGGCCAUGUCAGAAGAACAGAGUGAAGAAAGUGACUUGACGAAAAAUGAGGAUAGAAAAAUAGAGAAAUCUGUUAGUAGUGACAAAGGUGGAGAAAAUAAAUCUAAAGUGAUGUUAGACCAGACUAGUAAAAGUGAUAAACAUAGGACUCCUGGAAAAGGAAAAGAGAGUAAAAGCAGAAAUUAUCGGUCAAAUCAAACUUUAUUUACUACACACAAAAGCAGAAAAACAGACUUGUAUUCAGAUGUAGAUGACAGUUUAGAUGUACCUACAUCCUUAGAUGUGUUUGAAAAAAGUUUGCAGGAUGUGGGUGAAAAAUCCAAGAAACAUAGUGAAAAAACAGCAUCGAGCAAAGUGAAGGUUGGUGAUAAAAGUAUUUGUAGUGACAUGUUUGAGGACAGGACACAAGAUAGUGUUAGUGAUUUAGGGAAAAUGGAGGAUUUAGACGACUUUAAACUGGAGAAGUCACCCAAACCUGGUGACCCGCCCACGUACAAUAACCCUCAACUAGACGAUGUGAAGUUUGAGUACGAGGACUCCAAUGAUUCUGUUCCCAGCACCUCCUGGUCUGAUGCUGGUAUCGGCAGUGCCAUCAUCACUCAAGAACAAUACAGUGACAAGAAAUGGAGACUGGAUAAAGUUCAGAGCAUGGAUCAAGAGCUAAGCAGUAAACCCUCUACCCACAAGUCUCCCAGAGGUUCUCGGAGAAGAUCCGAUUCCAGAGGAAAGGAGCAGGACCCAGGUUUAUUGAUAACAGUGGCGGGGGGCUCAGAGGACAGGAGUGUGGCAGAGAAGACGGAGAAAAACACCGAAAUCUACGAACAACAGAGGCUCAGAAAAAACGAAUCAGAUAAAGAGUCGUCUAAAGAGCGCAGAGAGAAAUCCUCUAGUAAGUCAAGGUCGUAUCACAGGGAAGAUGACUCUGAUCAUAACAAAUCCAAAUCUCGUAAGCAGAGAUCCAGAAGUCGAUCAAAAGAAAGGAGAAGAAGAUCCAGAUCCCGAGAGAGGAGAGAACGUUCAAGGUCUCGAGAGAGGAGAGAACGUUCAAGGUCUCGAGAGAGGCCAGAUGGGUCCCGAUCUCAACAAAAAUUGCCCAAAUCAAAGGAUAAAAGGGAGAGGUCAAGGUCAAUAGAGCAUAAAUCGAGGGAAAGACAUGAGAGAUCAAGAUCCUGGGAAAGAAAGGAGGGCUCAAAGUCCAGAGAAAAUAGGCAAAGGUCACGGUCUCGUGAAAGACGAAAAUCAAAACGGGAUAGAUCCAGAUCAGUGGAGCGAAGGAGGGAGCGGUCAAGGUCUUCAGAGCGAAGACGUGAUCGAUCAAGGUCAGUGGAAAGAAAGCAUGAUCAGCAUAAGCAAGAACAAACCCGAUCCACAGAACGACAUCGUGAUCGCUCUAGAUCCGUAGAAAGGAGACAAUCUACAGACGAAGGGCAAUCAAGGUCUAUGGAACGCUCAAGUAAGAAAAGUAGAAGGGAGAAAUCUAAUGAAAAACGCAAAAGUAGAGACAGUAGAGAUUUAAUCGCAAGUCCUCAAAGACAAGACAUUGAAGAGAGGCUGGAACAGGAGGAAAAACUAGAUGUAUUUAGCUAUGGUAUAAAGCGUCUUCAUGAUGGGAAAAACAAAAAGAAGAAGAAACUCAAAACUACAGAGACUGAGCCUAUUGUGAUUUUAUCUGAUGAUGAACUUGAUUCAACACCAAAAAUGAGAUCAGAUCGAACUUCUAUUAAACAAAAGACAAAUUCUGAUGACAGGGACUUGAACAGAAUUGAACCUAUCAUUACAGCUCGUUCAUCCUCAAAUCAUCAUACAAAAGUCAAAAGUGAGACUCGUGAGCCUCCUCUGCCUACUGAGGAAGUGAUUCAACCUCCCAUGCCACAAGCCAUCUCCAAUGUUAUCAAAGUGUUAACAAACUCAAAGGAGCCCAAGAGAAGCAAGUCUCGUCAUAAAGAGGUAGAAGACAUCUUCCUUAGAGAAGAAGCUAAAACCAAAGAAAGUGAAAGGCAUAGAAGUUUUGAUGAAGAAAUGGAAGAUAGAUCAUUUGAGGAGGAAUGUGCAUAUGAUCCUGCAUUUCCAACGGUUGAUAUGGAGGAGUCUCCAACAGAGGAUCAACCCAUUGUGUUAGAGGAAGCUGCUGAACCCAUUCAAAUGACUGUCAACCCACUUCUGCAUAAAGAACUUCCCAUGCAAAGUAUUUCACCCCUUCCUGGCCCCCCUCCGCCUCCCAUGCCUGGUCAGGGACUUCUUGGGGAGCCCUCCAUUCUAUUACCAACUUCUGCAGGAGAGCCGCCACAGUCUAUGUUACCAGGGACUGGGCAGCAGAUUCCCCUUCAACUCCGCAUGCUGGCCCCAGGAUUCGCCGCUCAGCAGCCAGGUGGCCUCCCCCCGCAGAGACAGCUGAUAAUGAAUCACCCAGUGUUCAUCAACCGCCCUGGAUCAUUUCCUCAUCUCCAGCAGCUCCCUGCCGGACACCCCCUACACCCACGCCUAGUUUCUACCCCAGGAGGAAUGGUCACCAUGCAGAACCAGUUCCCUCCUAGAAUCCCAUCCCUGGUGUCUGUUCCAGGACAGCAUGGGCUGCUAAACGGUGCAUUAGAUCAUCUGUCACAUGAUCCUCAUCUUAUCCUGACUUCAGAUCCUCAUGGGGAUCCCAGAUUACAUCAUCCUCACCCUCCCCAUCCCGAACACCGCGUCAUCUCAAUCCGACCAGAAGUCCCUGUGGUACCAAUGUCUGUCCAUGACAACAUGCCACUCUCCAUAGCAUCAAGUGAAGCUCUGUCCAUGAACCAGCCAAACAUCAUUCCAUCAGUCUCUCAGUUAGAACAAAUAUCACAAAUUACAAAGCUCCUGAACACCCAGGCACAGCUGGCUAUGUUUGGGAAAGAAUCAAAAGGCUUAGAACAUCAUGAGCACAAGCAGGAGCCAAUGGAACAGAAGAACAGCAAUAAUGUGUUUAAGGUUCCCCUGCCUCCCAUACUGACCCACACACUUAACAAGGUCAAGUCGGAGAAAGAAAACAUGGAGAUGGUGGACAUGGACAUGUCUUCACCGCAGGACAACGGAAACAUCGAGAUUCCCACGUCCUCCUCAGAGAAGUCGGAACGGAGCAGGAGGCGGGACAAGAAGAGGAGCCACCGACACCGCCAAGACCGCCACCGCACAAGUCACGAGGAUAGACAUCGCUCCAGCCAUGAGGACUCGGUGACCUCUACCGUUGAGAAAACCUACGACCAGAUAAUGGACGAGAUGAACAGUGUGGAUGAGAUUCCGUCCUCAGCUGUAGAGCUGACUAACAAAGAGAAGUACCUCAGAAAGCUACAUCUGCAGGAAAGGGUUGUAGAUGAAGUGAAGACUGCAUUAAAACCAUUCUACAGUGCUAAGAAAGUCAACAAAGAGCAGUAUAAGGAGAUUCUUCGCCGAGCUGUGCCAAAGGUGUGUCAUAGUAAGAGUGGAGACAUCAACCCAGUGAAGAUCCGGGCGUUGGUGGAUGCGUAUGUUGCAAAAUUUAACAGGAACAUGUCUCCUCCAAAGGACGAAAACGAAGAUCAACCAAAGAAGGCCCAGUGAUACUGUUGUGAUGACCCGAGGCCCAAAGGGCCAUGAUCCAGACUUAAAGUACACUGUGUUGAUCAGUGCCAGUGCUAAAGAGACUGACAAUAAUCCUCAUGACAGACUGGGUGUGUAUGCAGUUCUAAAGAUCUCAACUAAACUCUGGCGUGUGCUCUGUAACAUGUUUAAUGUGUAAAGCUGACACAGAGAGUGAGAAAAAAGUGGUAACUUAGUUAUCUAGCUCACAAAAAGGAGAGGACCGACCAUUGAGUGGGAAAGACUUAAGAGUAUGACUUUAUCUAAACUCAAUGAAAUGACAUUACAGGACAAUUGGGAGAGAGGCUUUUGUUUGUACAUUGACCUUAAAGGCAAGCUUUUUUGUUGUAGAAUGAAUGAUUAAUAAGCAUUUAUCUGUACAUUGUUAAAAUCCAUGAAGACAGCCAGAUUCUAGUAUUUAUUACAAUGUGGGCAGCAAACCCAACCGUUUCUACUGGUCCCCAUUUGUUUAUAUUUUGUCGACCUGUACCUUUUGAAGAAUGUAUCUCUUGAUUUUAAUGCGAAAAAAAAACAACAAAUCUUUAUUUGUAGUAUGAUGUGGUCUAUUUAUGAAUCAUGGAUAAAUUGAUCUUUUGUACUUUAAAUUUGUGAUAAAAAUGAGAAAAUGUCAUUGUGUACAAUAUUUUGACACAUCAUGUCUGUAAUUUUCUGCUGACGGUGGACAGUGACUCGCCAUUACUGGCCUCUGUAGACCACCGCUCUCUUUUUUACUGAGAUAUAGAAUGUGUGAAUGUUUAUCUACCCUGUUCCUACGGAGUGAUGGCCCCUGUUAUGAAACAGGAGUAGAAAAUAAAUAAUCAAUUACAA